CUUGCCUGCUAUAUUUCCGUUUUCCCUUUCCAACCCAAGGUGCAAAAGGCAUCACAAUCGGAAGGUGUGCCCAUUCUGUAACAGCUGAUUGGUUCCUUUCGUUUUCCCAUCAGGGCAGUGCGGCAGCCCCCCACCUAUGGCCAAUGCGCACAUCGCCGAAGGGGCCACCGGCACCCGCUUGCGUUACUCGUGCGCGAAGAAUUACAAGCGCCAAGCGGGCACCUCCAGCCUCGUUGUGUGCAAGUACAACGAAAUGUCGAAGAAGCCCGAAUGGACACGGCCGAAUAUAAACUGCAUCAGAGACCCCUCGCUGCCUCCAGAACCCGAAACAGCCACAGAAGACUCCGGGAGAGAAACAGAAGCUUCCACACCCAACAGUCCAGAGGCUGCAGGGGUGGACCCGUCAGUGACAUCCGCACAUCCGUACGGAAGCAGGACUGACCCUUCCCCGUCACCUCCGGGCACCGCUGGCGUGACCUCGAGGCCGACCGCGGCGACAGCAGGCUUUGCAGAAGAUGGCGAGGGGACUCCUCCUGGCGAGGCCACGGAAAGGGUAACCCCGUCCCACGGAAGCGCCACCCCAGUCUCACGAGCCAGGACUAGCAAGACCCUCACGGCAGGAAGUAGCCCGACCGUCGUCCCCUCCGAGGGAACCGAGGGAAAUACGACUCGGGCAUCCGACCCAGCCGGUCCGGAGAGCCGAAAAGAUUUCCUUUACUUCAGUAUUGGAUUCCCUGCUCUAGCAGUCGGAUUCAUCGUAAUAUGCUCCCUGUUGUGGUGCCUCUACAGAAGAAAACGAGGAACGGUUGUGGGUCCCCAUACCAAAGAAAGCAUCCCCAUGGCCCCUGUGACCUCCAGAGAAGAAGGCUCUUCGUUCAGCCCCCUGGACGAUCCAGAGCCCUCUGGGGAAGGGGCUCCCAUGUUACGGAUCCACCAUGCCGCUCCCACCAGUUUGGCGCAUCAUCAAGCCAGUGCAAACGGAGACGGGGACGGCAGUUCUUAGGAGCCCGGCUGAAAAGCAAGGCAGCAGCCUGUGUCAGGAUUGUGAAUCGCACCCCUUCUCUUUUGGUGAGAAACCCUGGGGGGAAAAAUAAUUCUGGGAAAUUAACUUCUGCUGCAGCCCUGGCUGGGAUUUCCUGUUUUUCCUGGCCAGGGUUGAGAACGACAACAUGCGAGCCUCUCCGUGUGGACUCCCUUCUCUCCUGAACUCUCUCUCUCUCUCGGACCCCUUUGCCUGCCACGGGCCAGAGGGUGCAAGAUUCGAGAGAGGAGGGCGCCAAGGAAGAAGAACCCACAAAGUGAGGUGAAGAAGACCCCCCCCCUCCGGAGAGCAUCAUCCUUCUCCAGUGAAUAAUAAAAACACACCGUAUCGGAAGAAAAACGGGAUGUGGCGGAGGAGUGCCAGAGUCUUCUCUUCGAGAUCCGUUUGGCAUUUGGGAGCGAAAGCAAGGAAAAGGUGGAAAGUGUGACAAAGGCGUGUUGCGAAGACGGAGAGGAGAACCACCACGAGGUCCACCAUGUUGGCCCAAGACCUCCGAAGGAGCAAAGGUGACGGAGUCGCCACGGCGGGGACGACCUGUGAUGUGUUGUGUGGGGGUCAUCCUUUGGACUGGAACAGAGGGAGAAGGCAAAAUCCAUCCCAACCGUUUUCCUCGGCAGAUUUCAAGGAGGUCGCAGCCCUGCUAUCUGUUUCAUGAUGGAGGACAAAGAAAAAAAGUGUUCUGUGAAUUCCACCAAAAACCGAAUGGGAGAUUCGCAGGAGUAUUCACCGAGUCCCUUGAGAUCCUGUGUCGUGAACCCACUCGGGUUUCAGCAGGGUUCGAACAGGGAAAGCACUGGGACCAAACCCAACUGUGAAACCAGAGACCCAACGUACGAGUUGUAGCAACUCCAGUGUGUAUAAGUAUUGUUUGUGUAUAUAAUAUUUAAUAUUUGUGUGUUGUUUACAUGGAUGUACACAAGUUAAGGUUGCAUGCAUACUUGGAAGGAUUGAGUGAAGGGAAUUCGAAGGCUCCUCCUUGACCCAUUCUCAGGCCCCAUCGCUGGGAGGAAAGUGACAAAGGAAUAAAAUCGGGGAUGCUGGCAAGUCUUGAGUUCAAGUCUCGACUCUGAUGGUACCAAGUCCCAACUCCCUGUUAAAAAUAAGCUUUUCUCCAGAAAAAAAGGGAGGAGUGGCUGGAUUCCUAGUUGCAAGUCAAGUCCCAGUCAUUGGGGGGGAACGGAGUCGAGUUCGAAUGAAGUCAGUGGUGCCACUUUUAAG